UAUUUACUUUCAUUAAUAACUUAUUUCAUCCUUGAAUUCUGUAAUACUUAUAGAUAUCAAACUUCUAAAGUUACAUCCCGAUCCUUUUUAAUUUAUGGAAAUAAGGGAAAUUUUGAGUUUUGGUUAUGUCAAUUAUUCACCAUUUGUGAAUUCUUAAUUGAAUUAAAGAGAUCAUUUGGGUUUGAAACAUAUGUACCACCAGAAUUCAUCAAUAGUAUCAUAAGGAUAAUUGGAUUUUGUAUGAUUAUAUUGGGUCUAUAUAUUAGAUCUUUGGCUAUGAAGACAUGCGGAGAAUCAUUUAGUCAUUAUAUCCAUACAGAUGAUAAUAACCAACCUAAACUAAUUACCCAUGGCAUAUACGCAUAUUUAAGACACCCUAGUUAUUUUGGAUUUUGGUGGUUCUCAAUUGGAAUUCAAGUGUUUCUUAGAAAUCCUAUAAGUUUAGUACUAUCGAUUAUUGUUCUACGAUCUUUCUUUACAACUCGAAUUAAAUUCGAAGAAUAUUUCUUAAUUCAAAAAAUUUUCGGUAUUGAUUAUAUAAAAUACAAACAAAGGGUCGGAAUUUGGAUCCCCCUUGUU